AACAAACAUCAUCAUGAACACAGUAAAGUUUCUCUUCGGAGCACUGUUCCUGGCUAUAUGCUUCAAUGAUUGUCUUUCACAAAAUGCACAAUCAUGCAGUUACUGCAAUUCAACUGUUGCUGCUUCUUGCAACCAACAAUCAGGCUAUGUCAUUUGCUCCUGCACCGCUGACUAUAUCGGAAAUGGUUUCAACUGCACAAAAAGAGUAUUUUGCGACAACUAUCCAUGCUGUCCACAAGGGUAUUCCUGGAAUACGGCACAAAAAGCAUGUGUAGAUAUAAAUGAAUGCAGCAGUAGUUCAACAAAUGUGUGUCUCACCGGUUGUACAAAUACACCUGGCUCAUACAGGUGUACUGACCCUGCUAACCCGCCAUGCCCUACAAGUGCCUGUCCUACCGGUAACGACUGCAUAAAAGGUCAGAGUAAUACAAGACAAUGUAUUGAUCCUUGUUCUAAUUACCAAGAGCUGGAUGGCUCAAACCGACUCUACACUAUGAACUCUACUGGAAGAUUCUCCACUGACAGAUAUUACCUUGGUUGGUACCGCUACAAAAAUGGACUAAGACUGAGACAAGGCUGUGUGGCAGCUUUAAAAUGUGGUUCCCUUCAGCCAUACAGUAUAAGUAGCCACCCAAGUAUUUACGACGGUGUGAAAUCAAUUGCUCUGUAUUCUAAUACAUUAUCAGGCUGCUAUACUGGGCAAAAUAUUUCUGUGAAAGCCUGUCCUGGAGGAUAUUAUGUGUACAAGUUUUCAGGGCUUCUGCUGGCCGAGGAUUACUGCACAGAAGUAUCCCCUAUAUUAACAACUACCACAGCUACUACUACUACUACUACUACCACCACACCAACCACUACCACUCCAACCACCACUACUACAACCACUACUACUCCAACCACCACUCCAACCACCACUCCAACCACCACUACUCCAACUACAACCACUACCACUCCAACCACCACCACUCCAACUACAACCACUACAACUCCAACCACCACCACUCCAGCUACAACCACUACCACUCCAACCACCACCACUCCAACUACAACCACUACCACUCCAACCACCACCACUCCAACUACAACAACUACCACUCCAACCACCACCACUACAACUCCAACCACCACCACUACAACUCCAACCACAACCACUACUACUCCAACCACCACUCCAACCACCACUACUCCAACUACAACCACUACCACUCCAACCACCACCACUCCAACUACAACCACUACAACUCCAACCACCACCACUCCAACUACUACCACUACUACUCCAACCACCACCACUCCAGCUACAACCACUACCACUACAACCACCACCACUCCAACUACAACCACUACCACUCCAACCACCACCACUACAACUCCAACCACCACCACUACAACUCCAACCACAACCACUACUACUCCAACCACCACUCCAACCACCACUACUCCAACUACAACCACUACCACUCCAACCACCACCACUCCAACUACAACCACUACAACUCCAACCACCACCACUCCAGCUACAACCACUACCACUCCAACCACCACCACUCCAACUACAACCACUACCACUCCAACCACCACCCCUCCAACUACAACCACUCCAACUACAACCACUACCACUCCAACCACCACCACUCCAACUACAACCACUCCAACCACCACCACUCCAACUACUACCACUACUACUCCAACCACCACCACUCCAGCUACAACCACUACCACUACAACCACCACCACUCCAACUACAACCACUACCACUCCAACCACCACCACUACAACUCCAACCACCACCACUACAACUCCAACCACAACUACUCCAACCACCACUCCAACCACCACUACUCCAACUACAACCACUACCACUCCAACCACCACCACUCCAACUACAACCACUACAACUCCAACCACCACCACUCCAGCUACAACCACUACCACUCCAACCACCACCACUCCAACUACAACCACUACCACUCCAACCACCACCACUCCAACUACAACCACUACCACUCCAACCACCACCACUCCAACUACAACCAGUCCAACUACAACCACUACUGCUCCAACCACCACCCCUCCAACUACAACCACUCCAACUACAACCACUACCACUCCAACCACCAUCACUCCAACUACAACCACUACAACUCCAACCACCACCACUCCAACUACUACCACUACUACUCCAACCACCACCACUCCAGCUACAACCACUACCACUCCAACCACCACCACUCCAACUACAACCACUACCACUCCAACCACCACCACUACAACUCCAACCACCACCACUACAACUACAACCACUACAACUCCAACCACCACCACUCCAACUACAACCACUACAACUCCAACCACCACCACUCCAACUACAACCACUACUACUCCAACCACCACCACUCCAGCUACAACCACCACCACUCCAACCACCACCACCACCACCACUCCAACCACUACCACUCCAACCACCACUACUCCAACUACAACCACUCCAACCACACCCAGUCCAACUACAACCACUACUGCUCCAACCACCACCCCUCCAACUACAACCACUCCAACUACAACCACUACCACUCCAACCACCACCACUCCAACUACAACCACUCCAACCACACCCAGUCCAACUACAACCACUACUGCUCCAACCACCACCCCUCCAACUACAACCACUACCACUCCAACCACCAUUCUAACCACAACCUCUACUACUCCAACUACCACUCCACCCAUCACAACCACCACUCUAACCACAACUACUCCAACCACAACCACCGCUCCAACCACAACCACCUCUAUUGCUACAACCACAACCACCACUGCUGCUCCAACCACAACCACCACUCCACCAACAUCUACUCCUACUCCCACCACCAGUGUUCCAACCACUACACCAACCCCUACCACCUCUACUGCUCCAACCACCACCACUACAAUUACUACUGCUCCCGCCACCACAGCUUUUACAACCACCACAGCUGUUACAACCACCCCAACCACCACAGCUGCUCCAACCACCACAGCUGCUCCAACCACCACCACUGCUACAACACCAACUUCUAUAGGCAUUACAACCACUUCCCCUUACAGCACAGACACACCAUUUACUACAAAAACAAAUGUGAUAUUACCAACAACAAUGCACCCUGAAGAGAAUAUAACUGUCACAACAGUACAAAGCACAAGUAUACUAAGUGUCCGUAUUUCAUCACAAUUAAUAGAUAACAUAGAGGUAAAAAGCCUAGAAAUAAAUGAAACCACUACUGUUAAUGUUGAGAUGAUAUCCAUCUGCGCUAGUGAAAUAUACAUUAAAACCACAAACUCCAUAUCCCCCACUUCAAUCCUCGUUCAUGUUGGUGGUGAAGAACCUAAAACCUUUAGUGACCACACAGAUACUUUGAUUACCACUAGUGAAAUCACAAUACCAAACAAAGAACACUUUAAUCCUGGGGACUACUGCAGUAAACCAGCAAAGAUCAACACAGUCACAGAGACAUCUGCCAAUGCUGAAGACAUCUGUUUCUCAGACAAAUCAUCUUCCACCACAACAACCACUACUACCACCACCGAGGAAGUCAUUGUGCUAGGUCCUGAUGGAUUCUCCAAGAGCUGUGCUAACUAAUAAUGUUGCUAUAUCUCAAUGACGAAAAUUAUUUUUUAAUGUUUAUGAUAACUGAAAAGAUGCCUUAUUCUUCCUUACUAAAUGGUAUAUAAAGAGAUUUUACUUUAUUUUAUGCAAAAUACUGUUGUCAUAUGUUAGAAAUUAGAAGUUAAUGUUAUUUUAAGAUUUUAUAAAGCAAUUCGGUUACAUUCAAGGGGGCUUAUGUAAUAGCUUGCAUUUACAUAACACCAGGAAACUGAUGUCUUUUAUAUAGUUGCUGCUUUAAAAAUAUGGGCAACCUCCCUGGAGUCUUGGCAUACUCUGCAUCUUGCAGGUUAUUACAUAAGCUCAAAGGUUGCAUAAAACAAAAGAUGUAAGAAACAUUUUCACAAAUUUUGGCAGAUUAAAGGUGCAUACACACUGCCCAGGGUGUAUGCUGAGCGAUGAUGUAAAAAUCGCUGGCUGGAAAAUCGCUCAGUGCAUACACACUAAGCGAUUUUCACCUGGCCCAGCGAUUUUCACGGGGGUGAACCACUUUCCAAAGAAGGUGACUGUGGAAAGUGGAUCACUUGGCCGGUAAAACAAGCAGAUGGCUGGCGGCGGCCGGCGAUUAUGCGGUAGCGUGCAUCAGCAUUCACUGCUCAUCACCCGGCCAUACACACUAGGAGAUUUUGAGCUCAAAGUAGCUCAAAAUGCCAAAUGUGAGCUACUUUGAACUCAAAAUCACCUAGUGUGUAUGUACCUUAACUGUCUGACAAUGUCAAGCAAUAUUAUAAUAUAGCGCAUACAUACAGUAACACAUCUGUACAAUAUUACAUAUGAGCUAUACACUGACAUUAAUCAUGGCUUAUAGGCCCUAAACACUGGCUCAUACCACUGAAAGAUAUGAACAAUCUCGCUCAUUAAUGAAUGAGAUAUCGUUCAUAUCUUUCAGUGUGUAGGGACCAACGAUGAACGAUGCGCGGCCCCCGCGCUCGUUCAUCGUUGUUGCUGGCUCGUUUAAACGUGCAAGCUAAUAUGGACAAUCUUGUCCAUAUUAGCAUGCAGUGCUAUGGAGUCGUGUGAUAGGGGGAGUGAAGAAAUUGCACUCCCCCAUCACACCCCCCCCCAGCACAACGUGCUGUGUGUACGGCCCAUUAGUGCGCUAUUUCUUACUGAGCAAUGCAAAUUUGCUUGGUAACAGUAGACACACUGGUGCAAAUUUACCAUGUAAAGGAGUAUUGGAAACAUGCAUAUGACUAUGAAUAUAUAACAUAUUUCAUGUCUAUUUCCACAGUUUGGAUUCUUGAAUAGACAUAUUAUGAUUCAUAUUUUACGACACAGAAACUUCUAUUAUCUAUAGUAUAUAAAACAGACGAUAAACUAUUUUUUAUUACAUUACAGUAUAUUUGAGUGGUAAAGGCAUUCCAAAUAAUGCAGUAAAUAAGAAGUAGCAUUUAUAAUCUACAAUCAAUCAUUAACUGAUGUCUAUGAUUAAUGUCCUCUAACUAUAUUAUUUCCUUGUUUUUGUUUCUGAUGAGAUAUUAUAUGACUACAGUGCAUUUCUUUAUAAUAUAUGUAUUUUAUUUAAGAGGUUUGUAGAUUAUUUUAGUAGAUCAACUGCUUGGAAAGUUGAAGUUCUAUGCCACUUUGUCAUUUGUAAUAAAGCAUCUAUCCAAUGUCAAAUUGUAGCAUGAACAUUAAGUUCUGUUGGUAUGAUUUGCUUGCAUAAUGUUUAUAAUCUUACUGGGUAUAAAUAAAGGGUCACUUCUUGUGCA